CCUCAACAAGUAACGGAACCGGGCGGCAGCGGCAGGGCUCUGGAAAGUUGUUUUACCUGAAAGACAUAACUAGUUGUUAAGACUGAAAAUUAUUUCCGUAUUGUAAUCUUUGGAACUGAGAAGAUUUGACUGUAUCUUAAAGUCUAAACGGCCUUUUAGUUUGCGUCAUGUCUUCCAAACACAGGCCAAGUGACAGGAGAAAAAGUUUAGCAGCGUAUCGUCGAUAAAAAAAAAAAAACGGAGCUCAAUGGAGACCAAAUAACACGCCAAAUGAAGAGAUGAAUUUCGGUGUCCCCGCGAAUUCGCUGCUUCUUCUGCGUGCCUGCGACGAGGGGGACUAUGAAACGGCCCGGGGCAUCCUGGAGCCCGGAGCCCCGAAGGAGUCGGGGCGGCAGAGCAGGCUGCGGUCGGAGGCCGGCUCCGAGUGCCCGGCCGCGGACAUGUUGUCUCUGGUGCCGGUGGACUGCACGGACGAGGAGGGGAACACCGCCCUGCAGUUCGCCUCGGCCAGCGGCCACGAGAACCUGGUUCGGUUCUUGCUCCGGAAGGGGGCCUCGGUGGACAGCCGCAACAACUACGGCUGGACGCCGCUGAUGCAGGCUGCCAGGUUUGGCCACCUGACCGUUGCCCACCUCCUUCUGGAGAACGGGGCCGAGAUAAAUGGACGCAACAGGCUGGGCGCCAGCGUCCUGACCAUGGCGGCGCGUGGUGGACACGUCCACGUGGUCAAGCUCCUUCUGGAGAGCGGGGCCUUCGUGGAUGACUACGACCAUCUGGCUGUGGCUGCGGAGGCGGUCCCCAACGGCAACAACAACAACAGCUGCAGGUUGGUUGGUCCAGAGGCUUCUGGAUGGAUUUGGGGGGGGUCUGCUGCUUUGUCUGUGGGGCUGAGGUGGCUGUGGCUGCUCUCUCGCAGCGCGACCGGCUUCGGAUCCGCAGAGGGCUGUCCUCGAGGAGGCGGCGGCAGAGAGUUCAUGGACAUCACGGCUCUGAUGGUGGCGUCCCAGCAUGGACACGAGGCCGCGGUGCGCCUGCUGCUGGAGUGGGGCUCCGACGUCAACUUCUCCCAGAAGACCACCGGGUGGGGGCCGCUGAUGGCAGCCACCCUCAGUGGGAAGGUGGCCGUGACUCAGCAGUUGGUGGAAAGCAGAGCUGACCCUGACCGGGUAAACGUCCUGUCCAAGACAGCUUUCGAACUCGCCAUGCAGUUAAAGCAGAAGGAAAUAAAGGCCUACCUGGACUCUAUCACCACCGUCCGACCUCAGACAGACGACGAGAGGAGAAGGCCCGAUGUGUUCAGCGCUCUCAAACUGGGAAAUUCACAGCUGGUCAAAGAGAUCCUGGAGGAGGACGCCGCUCAGGUGAACUCGUCCAAUCAGGACGGGGCGUCGCCCCUCAUGAUGGCGGCGGUCAGCGGCCAGUUGGAGGUGGUGCAGCUGAUGGUGGACAAGAACGCGGACAUAGACAAACAGGACGGCGUUCACGGCUGGACGGCUUUAAUGCAGGCCACUUACCACGGCAAUAAAGACAUUGUGAAAUACCUGCUGAGUCAGGGCGCAGACGUCAACCUCCGAGCCAAGAACGGAUACACGGCCUUUGAUUUGGUGAUGCUGCUCAAUGAUCCAGAUACUGAGCUGGUCCGCCUGUUGGCCUCCGUGUGCAUGCAAGUGGACAAGGACAAGUCCAAACAUCGCGGCAGGCCCUCAGUUACUCGAUCCAAAAGCAGACAGUCUCUCACCAACGUGCCCGUGCCGCCCGACGAGAAGGGAGGCCUAAAGUCCUGGUGGAGCCGGAUGUCCAACCGCUUCCGGCGGCUGAAGCUGACUCACACCCUGAGGCACGGCCUGUCCACCAGUCGCCUGGCGCCCUUCCCGGACGACGCCGGUGAAACGCCACUGGACGCCACGAUGAAGGCGGGUGCCAAGCCUCCGCCCCUGCCCAACGGGACCCCGACUUCUGCCCCAGUAGCCAACGACAUCAGCACCGCCUGGGCAGUCCCAAGCAAAGACGGGGGCAAAGCGUCCUCAGAAAAAGAGGACUCUCUAAUAACCACAAUGCUCAGAAGCGGGGCGCCUCUGACCCGGCUGCCCAACGACAAGCUGAAAGCCGUGAUUCCUCCUUUUUUGCCCCCGUCCAACUUUGAGCCGUGGAACUCGGACCGCUCGCGGAUCCUCAGAGGAGGGAAAAGCGAGGCCCCCCGUCUGCCCAUGCCCCCUCAAAGGAAGCUAAACAGCAGCGGGAACUCUGAUUUUACGUCCAUCAGCCGUGUGGUUAACAGGUCCAUUAAGUUUCCCAGCAUCUCUAAAGGACCCUCCUCAACCUCUCCCUCUAACUCUGGCCACUACCACUCCCCCCACUCCUCCGGAGGCUCCAACGGAGUGGCAGGGCUCAACCGGGACUCUCACAACCGUUCAGGGGGCAGCGCAGACAGCGUCCUCUCCCAGAUAGCAGCUCAGAGGAAAAGAGCAGCAGGGCUGAUGGACCCCAAGGCCCAAGCUCCAGAGAAGCAGCCCAGCCAGACGCAGAUCCCGCCCCCCCCCCGGCCCCAGGCCCGCCCCCCCCAGACAUCAGCCUCCCUGACAUCCCCCCACACCCCAGCCUGGUCGCCUCAGACAUCCACUCUCGAAGGGUCAGUGCAUCCCCCUACCCUCGGACAUCCGCGUAUCCCCGGAGUGACCGGCGCCCCCCCGCCCAUCCCUGUUUGUGCUCCCUUACAGAAAAUGGAGCUGAAGAAGAGGCCUCAGUCAGGGAAUUCCUCCACUUCCAAGAGCACGUCACCCACUCUGACGCCCUCCCCGUCGCCCACGCCCAAGAUGCCCCCCGGCCCGGGGGACUCUUUGUCCUCGGCCUCAUCCCACCCACGCUCCAAGAGCAGCGGGGGCUCCAGCAGCGGAACCAUCACCGAUGAAGAUGAGCUAUCCAGUAUUUUGAAGAAACUCUCCCUAGAGAAGUAUCAGCCUAUAUUUGAGGAACAAGAGGUGGACAUGGAAGCCUUUCUGACUCUGACAGACGGAGACCUGAAGGAGCUGGGCAUUAAAACGGACGGGCCCAGGCAACAGAUCCUAGCUGCCAUAUCAGAGCUAAAUGCCGGAAAGGGCAGAGAGAGGCAGAUCCUCCAAGAGACCAUCCAUAACUUCCAGUCCUCUUUCGGCAGCAGUGCCAGCAACCCACGGCAGGCGGCGCAGCAACGCUCCCCAACAACCUGGACGAGACACCAGGUCCGUACCUCCAGCAAGAGGUAACCCCGCCCUCCAGCGGGAGGUCUCGCCGGGGGGAGGAGAUGCGGGAUCGCCCCCCCGCAGAGGUACGAUUAAUGCCCAGUCCCCUCGUGC